AUGAAGGUCGUCACUCUAUGCCUCACCCUUCUCGCAGCAUUUGCCGCAGUGCGGUCGAUCUCUAUACCCAUAGGCUCCCAGUUAACAGGAGCUAAUCUGAUCAAAUCAACCAUGGAGCAUGGCUUCGACAAUAAGACUCCAUUUGUCAUAGCACGUCCGGUUUCGGAUGUUUCUGCUCGUGGUCUUGCGAAGCUUAAGGACAUAUUUGAUCCUCUCAAGAAAAUGGAGGGAGAUAAAGAUAAGAAACCGAAAGGCAAACCCGAAAAUGGGAAGGAUAAGGACAAGGAGAAUGAAAAGGGUUCGACAGAUAGAAAGACGUCCACCAAGAAGAAGAAGUUCAAAUUCAAGGAUAACCCUAAGCAAGGAGGAGGUGGAAUAUCCACGGCUGCCACUGGCCCAAAAGCACCUCUGCUCUUCUUAGGGGCUUUGUUUGUUCUGGUUUUGCCGUUGAUGGUUCUCUGA